AUGGAAGAGGAUGAGUUCAUUCAAGUGAUGCAUACUCGUUUCACCUCUAUAAUCAAUGAGCUUCAUUCACUUGGUGAAAUCAUUCCAACCAACAAGUUGGUCCGGAAAAUACUCAGUGUUCUACCAGGUUCCUGGGAGAGUAAGGUUAAUGCUAUCACUGAAGCCAAAGACCUGCAAAAGCUGACUAUUGGCGAUCUUAUUGGAAAUCUCAAAACAUAUGAGAUGAAAAGAAAGAAGGAUCUUGAAAGAAGAGAGCCCAAUGAGGAGAGGAACCUGGUUCUCAAAGUUGUCCCCACUGACUCAAGUAGUGAUGAAUCUGAAAUGACGUAUCUCACUCGAAGAUUUCAAAAGAUGGAUCAUUACAAAACCAACAUUGAUAAGGCAGCUAAGAGGAACUUGUUCCCUGAUAGGAAAUUCAAAAGAAGAGAUGUUGUUGACAACAUGGUGAAGCAAGCUUUGGCUGACUGGGGAGAUUUCUCCAGUGAAUCUGAAGGUGAGGAUGACCAAGGAUAUGCAUCUACGAUGGUUGUUGACAAUGAAGAUGAGUCAAUCAUUGCACUUAUGGCUAAAUCUGAUUAUGAAGAGGACAACGAGGAAGAUGGGAAUGGUGGCAAAGGGUCACAUAACAAAGAAGAUGAAGAUGGAGAAUUCACAAAUGCUCCUGGUGAAGCUAUAGAUAUUGCAAAUAGAAAGACUGAUUUGAUGUGUCAAGUCAAACAGAGCAAUAUAGAAGAUACAGCAGAAUCUCCAAAAGGCACAGAGGGACCUGGUAUGCACAUAUUGCAGUUUCAGGACAAAACAAGUAAGAGUGACAUUGCACUUCUAGAAGUCUUUGCUCAAAUUUUCAAAAACCGUCAAGGAACCUGGUUUCUGCGACUCAGGGAACAAGGUAGAUCUAAUAUGCUAAAGCAUGAGGCUGAAAUUGUUGCUGGAUUUGUGGAAUUCUUGAAAGAUGGAGAAAUUGGGAAACAUGUGAGGAAUCUGGUUCUCAAGAGGAAUAUUAAUUUUGGGUUUGUCAUCAUCAAAAAGGGGCAAAUUGCUCUAAGUUAUGCUAUGUCAUGUUUUGAUGAUGACAAACGUUCUCAAGGAACUGGGUACGGACCAGAUGUGAUCAUUACAUGUAAGGAAUCUGAUUCUCAGGGGAAUAUUAAUUCUAGGUUUGUAAUGAUCAAAAAGAAAAGGGGGAAAUUGAUAAGUUAUGGUAUUUUCUGUUUUGAUGAUUUGCCAAACAGUCUCGAGGAACCAGUUGUGAUCAGUUCCUAA